UUAGGUUUUUAUUCUGUCCAUUCAGCUCUUCAGCAGCCGGUAAAACAUCACAAAGCCUCAGUGUUUAAACCCAUCUCUGAGUCAGAGAUUUAAACUUUUCUUUAUAGGUAAAAGGAGGUGAGACGUUCGUCCUGCAGCUCCGGGGACAAACCGACCCACUCCCGUUCAAAAUAUUUAGUCUCUGUGCGUAAAAUGCUGCGUCCUGGCGCGGAGGAUCUCUGGGAAAGACCUCCGUGUCGGUGGAGCUUCCUUCACGCCCCGCUGCUGUGGGUCGGUGCUGAGCAGGAGUGGCAUCUCGGCGACAAAAUCCCGCUGAAAGAGCGUCCUUUUGAGCUCAGGCAUGCAUGAAGCUGUGAGCUCACUGGCGUUAUAAAUAUCCCCAGCAGAAGCACCGCGGCCGGGGUAAUACCCACCCGCGCCGCACGCCUGUGCGCGCAAACCUCCUGGGUUCUUGACCUCUCCACUGGAUCGGUUAAAAUGCGAAACGCGGCGUGGUGAGAGUCUCCUGCUGGGAAGAAUGAACGUUCCUCUCUGCUUUCUGACCUUCGCUCAUUGGAUUUGCGCCGCGGCCGCAGCGCAGCGCGCCUCUUUGCUCCUUCAGGAGGGGACCAGCUCGGGACGCAGGACCUGCAGGCUCUACUGCAGGGUUGGCAUCGGCUUCCACCUCCAGAUUCAUCCCGACGGCAGAGUGAACGGCAGCCAUGAGCCCAACCAGCUGAGUGUUCUGGAGCUGAUUGCGAUUUCUCAGGGCGUCAUCGGCAUCAAAGGGGUUUACAGCAACAGAUUCCUGGCCAUGAAUAAAAGAGGACGGCUUCACGCCACCGAAUGGUUCUCAGACGACUGCAAGUUCAGGGAACGUUUCCAGGAGAACAGCUACAACACCUACGCUUCUGUAAUCUACAGGAACCAAAGGACCGGUCGGGAGUGGUAUGUUGCCCUCAAUAAGCGGGGGAAAGCUAAAAUGGGCUCCAGUCCACGGGUCAAAUCCCAGCACGUCUCCACCCACUUCCUACCCAGGGCCAGCCUGCAUGACUUUACCCAGAAAGGCUUCACCAUCACAGAGCGGAGCGAAGAGAGGAGGAAAGCGCCACCACCGUCGCCCCCCAGAAUCCCAGCCGUGAUCUCGAAUGCCCCAACAGGACCAGUCCAGAGACGCAGACAGGUCAAAUACUGGCCCAAGUUCAGGUUCGGAUAAGUUUGCAAAGGAGGGACCAGAAGAAUAAACUUUAAACAAACUGGACAAAAGUCAUUUCUGAUGCUCCAGUCAUUCCAGGAUUCCAUGUAGCAUGGAAAACAAACCCAAAGUGCUGCCAGGAACUGUCAGCCUGACGCUCGGAUCUGUGUUGACGGGUGGAAGUUUUUUUUGCACUUAACUCUGUUUUGCUCCAUCCUGUUGUACAUCAUCGCUAAAGUUCUGGUUAUGAUGCUUUUAAAGCAAAAAUCCUACCUGAACACAUCAGGUAACAAGUUUUU